CACCGCCGCUACUUUCAAAUUCCUUGUUCUUCUUCGUGUCCGAUUCCAUCCCAACCCCGGUCCACACGUCUUUCUCUCUCUUCUCCGUAUAAAUACACCUUUCAUCUUCCUUCCCCUCUUCACACCCCAAUUCCAUCAUACUAUUUCACUCAUUCACAACAACAAUGGUUGAUUUAUAUUGGAAAUCGAAGAUGAUGGCUUCCAACGUCUCCCCCAAACUCUCUCUCCCGGAUAAACCAAAACCCCACCUUUCUUUCCCCACCUUGCAACGCACAAACGACAUCACCACAACGUCCUCCCAUGUUUGCGCUGCAUACGACAACUACCUUCGCCUUCCUCAGCUUAGAAACCUCUGGGACUCCAACCACUUCCCCGAUUGGCCCAACGAGCCCAUCUUAAAGCCCGCCUUCCACGCUUUAGAAAUCACGUUUCGCUUCCUCGCAACCGUUUUGUCUGACCCAAGACCCUACCCCAACCGGCGCGAGUGGACUCGGCGGGUCGAGUCGCUCGCCAAGGCCCAGGUCCAAAUCAUCGCCAUGCUCUGCGAAGACGAGGAACAGAACCCCGAGAAACGUGGCAAGGCACCGGUUUGUGACGUCAAUGGGAUCACCACCCAGAGCAGAAGCUACAGCCAUGAAAGCUUGCUUCCCCGUCUCGCCACGUGGCAAAAAUCGAAGCACUUGGCGCAGAGGAUCCUUUCCACCGUGGAAUGCGAGAUGAUGAGGUGUUCGUACACGUUGGGUCUGGGAGAGACCAAUUUUGCGGGAAAGCCGGUUCUCCGUUACGAUGCCGUUUGCAGGCCGAACGAGAUUCACUCGCUGGAGACGACACCAUUUGAUCACGUGGAGAAUUACGAGAACCGUACGAUGCACGCGACGCACCAGAUCGUGGAGUCGUGGAUACGCGCCUUGCGGGGGUUGUUGGAGAGGGUGACGGAGUCGGUGGAGAGUGGAAGGUUGGAGAAGGCGGCGGGUGAGUGUCACGCGGUGGAGCGGAUCUGGAAGUUGGUGGCGGAGGUGGAGGAGAUGCAUGUGAUGAUGGAUCCGGAUGAUUUGUUGAGAUUGAAGAAGCAGGUGGGGAUGAGAUCGUGGAAAGAAACGAUGGCGUUUUGCUUGAGAUCGAAGGAACUGGUGGAGGUGACGAAGAUGUGUAGGGAUUUGAGGGAGAAGGUGCCGGAGAUAUUGGAGGUGGAGGUGGACCCCAAGGGUGGGCCUGGGAUGGUGGAAGCGGCGAUGAAGGUGUACGCGGAGAAGAGGAGUGGGUUCGAGAGGGUUCAUGUGUUGCAGGCCAUGCAGGGGAUUGAGAUUGCGAUGAAGAGUUUCUUCUACGCUUACAAGCAGGUUGUGACAGUGGUGAUGGGAAGCUCUGAGGGGAAUGCGAAUUCCUUGAGUCAGAUAUUCCUUGAACCCACCUAUUUCCCUAGCUUGGAUGCCGCCAAGACCUUUCUCGGUUAUUAUUGGGAAAAUCAUCAAUAUCCCAUUUCUUUCUAGUUAAUUCAAUUCAAUUCAUACUCAAUCAUACACCAACACAAAGUAAAAAUUAAAAAAAAAAAUCAUUUUUUUAGGGGGAGGGAGGGGGUUUAUGGAUUAAAUUUUGUAACUGGUUGUUGUAAUGUAAACAAUCUUUGUGUGUAAAAUAUUUGACUAUUUUUUGGAUCAUAUACUUCCCCAUGGUUAUUUAUC